AUGGCAGCAGCUAUUCAAUUAAAGAAGCAACUCGAUAUCACGGCUGAGAUUUUCGAAGCGACUGAAGAUAUUGGCGGAACAUGGCACUACAAUACAUAUCCUGGAUGUGCUUGCGAUAUACCGAGCCACUUGUAUUCUUUUAGUUUUGAGCUUAAUCCAAACUGGAGCAAGAAAUACAGUGAUCAAAAAGAAAUCCAUGACUAUAUGCGCUAUGUUGCCAAGAAGUAUGGUAUCUACGAGCAAACAGAAUUGAGUACAAAAGUGAUUCGAGCUUCGUGGAUAGAAGGAGAGAAAAAAUGGGAAUUGGAGCUGCAACGGCAGAACGCUAAGGACAAACUCACAGAUAAGAAUCAGAUCAAGUAUUUUAAUUUCGUUUUCUCUAGCAUUGGCGGCUUGCGUAUACCAGUUAUUCCUGAACAAUUUAAAUCCUUUACUGGAAAAAUCAUACAUUCAGCAUUUUGGGAUAAUAAUUACGAUUUUACUGAUAAAAGAGUAGCCGUUAUCGGUAGUGGUGCAAGUGCGGUACAAAUCAUACCAAAUUUGGCAGCAGAAGUCAAACAUCUCUACAGUUUCCAACGGACUCCAUCAUGGGUUGGCCCAAGAUAUCAGACAAAGCAUAGCAAGCUUUUAAAGAUGUUAUUCAGAUACUUUCCUUUCAUUAUGCGACUCUAUCGCGCAUGCCUUUUCUUUUACCGUGAUUUCCGUUUUAAAGCGUGGGGUGAUGCUAAUUCAUGGCUUGCCAGGGCAUUCAAGAGUAACCUACGUAAGCAUAUGCUACAUUUAUUUGAAACGCAUGGUCGACCUGAUCUAGCUGAAAAACUGAUACCUGACUUCCCUGUUGGUUGCAAGCGUAUUUUGAUCUCGGAUGACUAUUGCCAGACCUUAUGCGCCCCUAAUGUUACUGUGAUUACAUCUAAUAUUACGGGAGUAGAAGAUAAUGAAAUAUCAACGCUUGACGGUGCCAAAGCCGAAGUUGAUGUCCUCGUGUUAGCUACUGGAUUUGAUACAAUAAGAAUAUUUGGUCAAUUCCAAGUGUAUGGAAGAAACGGACUCCAUUUAAAUGAACUUUGGGAUAACGAGACACCAAAAACCUUCAAAACAGUAACAGUUCACGGGCUACCAAAUUAUUUCUUUCUGCUCGGCCCCGGCUCUGCUUUAGGACAUAAUUCGGUAGUUGUUAUGAUUGAAAGUCAAGUGGAGUUUGCCGUUAAAAUGAUAAGGUACAUGAUUAAGAAUAAGUUUGAAUCUUUAGAGCCAAAAGAAAAAUCACAAGAAGCCUAUUCUAGUGAUGUACAAAGGAGGUUCAAAGGCACUGUUUGGACGGGUGGCUGCAGCUCUUGGUAUAUUAACGAACACGGUAAUGUCCAAUCAUUAUGGCCAGGGUCCGUGAUGAGUUUCAUCAAAAUGCUGAAAACGACCGAUUAUAAAGCAGAUUACAGCGAGGCUUAA